AUGGCUGGGAAUGAAGCUAGGGAGUGUAUACAAAAAAAAUCAACCGUAGUUCAAGUUAAUCAGUUGAGCGAAAAUGGGCCACGUAUCGCUCUAAAUUCUGCACAAGAUGGGAAGAUUGCUGCAAAAGCUUGGUCUACUCAGAACUCUGCACCCAGUGCAUGGGGAUUUUCAAGAUCGCAGAAACUGGGGGUGCAAAGCAAUGCUUGGACAACCCAAAAUACUACUUCUAAGGAUUCCCUUGGCAGAGGAAAUGGAUUGCCUUCUCAACAGAACAAUUACCCCAAACAGAGACAGAAUUUGUCUCAAGUUGGUUCUGCUAGCUUCAAUGGCCGGGAAGAGAGUCAGGCCAAGGAUGAAUCUGUCUCGAACCAUCAAGUUUCUGGCACCGACAAUGAUGACGAAGAUGACAUUGAUGGUGAUGCUGUGUUUGACAGUGAUGAUGAUUCUGAUUCUGAUUUAGAUGCAAGUGAAAAGAGCUAUGAUGUGCUGAAGAAGAGCAGGCGGUUCAAGGCAUUCUUUGAUGAUUUCGAUAAACUUACUGUUGAGGAGAUAAAUUCACCAGCAAGGAAGUGGCACUGCCCUGCUUGCGAAGGAGGCCCUGGUGCUAUUGACUGGUACCGAGGCAUGCAUCCCCUAGCAUAUCACGCAAAGACAAAAAAGACUAGAAGGGUGAAGCUCCAUCGCAUAUUUUCUGAAAUUUUGGAUGAGGGGAUGCGUAAGAAGGGAACUUUAGUAACUCCACUCGGUGAAUCCUUUGGCAGAUGGCAAGGACUGGAUGCGAGAGUUAAAGAUUAUGAGAUAGCUUGGCCUCCAACUGUUAUGAUAAUGAACACGAGAUAUGAGCAGGAGGAAAAUGGCAAGCAGUGGACUGGCAUGGGAAAUCAAGAGCUUCUGAACCACUUCAGUUCAUAUGCUGCACUGAAAGCUCGCCAAUCGUAUGGUCCACAAGGGCAUAGAGGGAUGAGCGCUUUGAUUUUUGAUAGCACUGCAGCGGGUUAUUUAGAAGUAGCCCGCCUUCAUAAGCAUUUUAUAGACCAGGGAAGAGGCCGAGAUGCUUGGAAUUGUAAUCGGGUUUCAUUCUGUACCGGUGGCAAGCGCCAGCUCUAUGGUUAUAUGGCUUUGAAAGAAGAUUUGGAUAUCUUCAACCAGCAUUGCCAAGGUAGGAAUAAUCUCAAAUUUAAGAUGGUGUCGUAUCAAGAGAUGGUUGGAAGCCGCAUAAAGCAGAUAAAUGAGGAUAGUCAGGCGCUUGUCACUUACAAGAACAGGUUUGCCGUAGAACAUAUGCAGUCACAAGUUCUCGCUGAGUCCCUGUGCAGAUUGAGUGAUGAACUGAAGAAGACUAUGGAAGAAAAUCGUGUUGUGAGAGAGCAAACUAAUUUGCUGCACGAAGAGACCAAGGAGGAGAUGGAUUCCCAAGAGAACUUUUUCAAGGAUCAAAUCAAAGUUAUCCAUCAGGCUAUAGAUGCAAAAGAAGAUAACUUUGAGAAGUUGCAGCAGGCAAAGCUAGAGAAAGCUAAACAGUUAAAUGCAAAUCCCUCAACUGCAGAAAAUUUGGACAGGGUGGAGGACAUCGAUACGUUCAUAAAACUACAGGAUAAAGAGAUGGAGGAAUUCAAAGCAGAGAGAAAGAAGCUGAUAAAAAGCCAUGAAGACGAGAAGGCUGCACUUAUGAAGAUUUACUGGGAGGAACUGCUUGAGUUGGAAAAGAAGUUUGAGAAUGGACAGCAGUGUGUGAAGAAUGAUGUGGAGCAUCUUCAAAGCCAAAAAGUGGAUGAUAAAAGUUCAGGUGGAAAUGGAGAAAUGGAGACCAACAAAAGCAAGACAAGAGCAAAAGAGAUGCGGAAACGAGAACAAUUCCAUUUCUCAAGGUUGGAAUUGGGGAGAAAUGGGGAUUAA